AUGGGAAGAUUCUACAAGCACUUCUGGCACCCCCAUGAGAGCGAUGAGCAUACUAGCUCUGAUCUUAGCAAGCUCAGUUGGGAAGCUAGAAUGAGAAAAAAAUAUGGUUUAGCUAUUGGCAACUGCGAUGAGUGUCAAAACCGCACUAACGGGGAUGAUGGUUUGGGUUGCGAUAUAUGCGACAAGGUGUGGCACCUUGGUUGCACUCCAAGGUCGCCUGAUGAAGUAAACCAUCCGUUCCACCCAUACCAUCCACUCAAGCUUCUCAUUGAUGGCCCACCUGAUUACUCUGAUGGAAAAUGCGUUACCUGCAAGCAAGAACUCAAGAGCUUUUUCUACCAUUGCUCGCUAUGCGAUUUCAGCAUGCAUGUGAGGUGCGUCAACAACGAUCCUCCGCCACCCACUGUCGAUGCCCCGAGGUGCCACAAGCACACACUCACCCUUAUGGCAAGAAAUGACACCUUCACUUGUAACGCUUGUGGUACGCAUGGCCAACGAUGCCCUUACGUAUGCGCUCCCUGCGGCCUCAUGUUCCAUCGGGACUGUAUCACGUUGCCACACGUCAUAAACAUCAAUCGCCACGACCAUCGUGUGGCUCACACUUUUUCUCCUGGUUUCGGGAAUUGGAAAUGCAUGAUUUGUCACAAGAAGAUUGACUGGAGGUAUGGUGCUUAUUCUUCUCAGAAAUGUCCUGAUGUUUUCUUUCACUCCAAAUGCGCGACUAGAAAAGAUGUGUGGGAUGGAGUAGAACUCGAAGGGGUGCCUGAAGAUGUUGUAGAUGUUUCUCCAUUCAAAGUGAUUGAAGACGGAGUCAUUAACCAUUUCUCCCAUGAGGAACACAACCUAAGGCUUAUUGAUGAGGAUGCUAUUGAUCGUCAUAAAAGCAUAAGGUGCGAAGCUUGCACAGGUUCUAUCUUUUCUGACAAGCACUACAGCUGUAUGGAUUGUGGUUUUUUCCUCCAUGAAACAUGCGCUAAUCUUCCUCUUCAAAAAAGACAUGGGCUUUCCACAAAGCCGCUUACUCUAAUACGAAGAGAAAAGUUAUUUGAGUGUUCUGCAUGCGCAAAACUAUCAAAUGGUUUCAAAUACGAGUGUGGUGAUAUUUUCCUAGACGUCCGGUGCGCGUCGAUGUCAUGGUAUUGUGAUUAUGAAUGUCACCCGCAUACCCUCUUCCUCACUACGCUUGACAAGGAAACUUGUGGGGCAUGUCUUGAAACUCACAAACAAGUGCUGCACUGCGUUGAAUGCGAGUUCACAUUGGACUUCAAGUGUGCUACUCUCCCGAAAAAGAUAAAGCACAGGUGCGAUGAUCAUUUUCUGUCCUUGUGUUAUGGUGAGAAGGAGAAGCCGAGGGGUACGUACUGGUGUGAAGUUUGUGAAACCGUUUUAGAUCCACAAAAAUGGUUUUACUCAUGCUCCGGUGAUUGCGGAGUCGUUUGUCAUAUUCCGUGUGUGCUCGGGGAGUUAUGGAAUGCCAAGCCUGCUACAUUCAUCAGCUUUAUAGGAGGAUUUCUAGUAGAUUUGGUUCCCAACGAUAGAGAGUUCUUUUGCUCAAGACUGAUACUUAAGGAGUGUGAAGAGUUUGACUCUUAA